GAAUAAUCGCUCUGUGUUCAAUUUGCGCAGGCUGGCACCCUCGUUACCUGGUAUUAAUUGAAGCUGUUAAUAGAUUGUUGAGACUGUUAUCUGCCAUCUGCAUAGGAUCUGCCGGCUCUCGCUUCUCUCUUCAUGACCUGUUGUACCAUUUGCCUCCCCGGCCAUGCUAGCCCUGCCACAUCGUCGGCCUGCCUUGCCGGCAACCAUCAGCAGGCCUUCUCUUCCUUCAAAAACUGUUAGACCUCAGGUGGUACAACGGAGAUCGACCCUCAAGCGUUCCAUUGACGAGACCGGAUUCAUGGAUGCCCCUUCCAGUCCUUCCAAGCGAUCGAGAGUGACCUUCGACUCAGAUGUGGAAAUCGUGUCGGCCGAUGAUGACGAAGAAUUGGAUCCCCUUGUCGUCAAGGAACAAGUGCGCAGAGCCAUUGAACGACAUCGGCUCAAGGACGAUGAAGGAUACGAACGGAUCAAAGGUUACUUCACAACCUCGCACGAGAAGCCUAAUGCUCCUUCAACGAAAGCGUUGAGAAUACACCUGCAAGCCGUUUUGGCAAAUGUUACCGCCCUCACAAAAGACUGCAGCGGACUAGUCAAUUCGAUCUUAUACAGCGAAUGGGUUGGAAGAGAUGAGGCGUACUAUGCGCUCUUCGUCCGGUUCCUCAACAAUCUAGCCGCUGCACAGCGGGGGUAUCAGCAUAAGAUUAUGUCGGUCUUGGUGGAAUUGCUUGGGCCUCAAAAGACGAGAAGGAUAGCUGGGUCAUCUCCAGUCAGACAACGGACCAUACAUCGGAGAGCAUUGCAGGCCAUUCAGCACAUCACCGUCAACGUUCCGUCCUCCCCUGCGGCGCUUGCCGAUCGAGUCUCAUCUCGUCUGGAAUUCGACUUCCAGAAAUCUGAAGAGCGCAUGACUUACAUCCGAAACUUCAUGGAGAUGAUCAACUAUGUCCCUGAACUCACCUCCGAGAUCCUAAACUGCGUUCUCAGGGAGCUCAUCAAGCUCGAUGUAUCCGUGCAAGUCGACCUGGACGAAGAGGAGGAUGACGCUGAGGACGACAUCCUAAACCAUAUGUCAUCUUCUCAAACCUUAGUCCCGUCCCAGGAUAUGUUCAAGGGUGAUCUGGACGAUGAAGACAACGACGACAUGAGCACUACCGAUGAAUCUGACAUUGAUGAAGAUGAAGAUGUCGACCCGGCCACAGCUCGUCGACAAAAACUCAAGGAUGACAUCAAGCAAGUCGACAUGAUUAUGGACAUUCUUUUCCAAUAUUACGCCAAGUUGACCACGUCGGGACCGCUUCAAGAUCGGGAUACUGCCGUCGAGCAACUUAUCUCGCAAUUCCACACUCACAUCCUCCCGACCUACCGCGCCCGUCAUCCUCAGUUCCUGGUGUUCCAUUUUGCCCAAUCGGAUCCCAUCAUCGUCGACCGCUUCGUCACUUCUUGUGUUGCCGUGCUCGUGGACAAGAGACAGCCUCAUCUUCUCCGCCACAGUGCAGCAGCCUACUUCUCAGGCUUCGUUGGUCGUGGUGCGCAUGUGUCUCCACAAGUCGUCCAAGACUGUCUCAAUCUGUUGUGUGACCACCUGACCAUUCUACGCAAAUCCUACGAGCCAGGCUGUCGUGGACCCGACAUUAAGCGAUAUGGUGACUUCUAUGCGGCGUUCCAAGCAAUCCUCUACAUAUUCUGCUUUCGUUGGAGGGACAUUGCAUCAGCGAGUUCCGACGACGACUCCGAUUUUGACGUGGACGAGGACGAGGUUGAGACCUAUCACUUCUCCGAGACUUUGCGCGAGGCCCUCCGAGCGGCCAUCUAUUCGCCCCUCAACCCUCUGCGUGUCUGCACACCAGUGAUUGUCGACCAGUUUGCAAAGCUUACGCACGCUUUGCAGCUCUUUUACGUUUAUCCGAAGCUGGAGGAAAACAGACACGUACGUGUGACGAGCCAUUGGCGGAGCAUUUCAGAUCUGGACAUCAGUAACCCGGACCGGGACUUGAGUUGGGUCGGUGACAAUGGCAUGCUGGAGGGUUAUUUCCCUUACGAUCCUUACCAUUUGCCCCUCAGCAAGCACUGGAUCGAAGGAGACUAUGUCGAGUGGAAAGGCAUACCGGGAGACGAAGCGGACGAUACCGAUUCCGAAGAAGACGCUGACAUGGAUUUUGGCGGCAUGGAGGACGAGGAGGAGAAUCAUGAAAGCCGUGGCAACCUUGCGGGUGCCGACGACGAAUCUGACGACGAAUGAGUUGCGUUAGCAAAAUCGCUUUCCUUUUUGCUGGUUCAUCUCGGUGUUCUGGGUCUGAAUACAAUCGUUUCAUGGGGUGCAUUAGCACAAGGUAUGGAUUGCUGGUUGGAAGACCUUUCUUUUCCUUUUUUUCUUCUUUCCAGCAUGUGCGUACGAGCGAGGCUGGAAUGGAGGGAAAAAUAAAAAGUUUGCAUACCUGCUAAAUGGCGGAGGACAUCUAGAAUGAAGCUGGAGAAAGAUGCAGUGCUGCUGGAUAUAAUAUGGCGGACUCGGACUGGACUUGUUUCGGAGAUGCACUAUCCAAUAGACAUUAUUCUAGAUUGACGCUUUUCAAGUUCAUACUCGCAAUGAGAUGGUGAUUGAUUGACUUAUUUUUCUGACUGGUUGAUUCACGCCCUGAAUGACAUGCACAGUAAAG